AACCAUCAGAAGUCGAAUUAAAACCAUCAGAAGUCGAAUUAAAACCAUCAGAAGUCGAAUUAAAACCAUCAGGGAUGGAAUUAAAACCAUCGGGGAUGGAAUUAAAACCAUCAGAAAUGGAAUUAAAACCAUCAGAAAUGGAAGUAAAACCAUCAGAAAUGGAAGUAAAACCAUCAGAAAUGGAAGUAAAACCAUCAGAAAUGGAAUUAAAACCAUCAGAAAUGGAAUUAAAACCAUCAGAAAUGGAAUUAAAACCAUCAGAAAUGGAAUUAAAACCAUUAGAGAUGGAAUUAAAACCAUUAGAGAUGGAAUUAAAACCAUCAGAAAUGGAAUUAAAACCAUCUGAAGUGGAAUUAAAACCAUCAGAAGUGGAAUUAAAACCAUCAGAGAUGGAAGUAAAACCAUCAGAAGUCGAAGUAAAACCAUCAGAAGUCGAAGUAAAAUCAUCAGAGAUGGGAGUAAAACCAUCAGAGAUGGAAUUAAAACCAUCAGAGAUGGAAUUAAAACCAUCAGAGAUGGAAUUAAAACCAUCAGAGAUGGAUGUAAACCCAUCAGAGAUGGAAGUAAACCCAUCAGGGAUAACACGAAUGCCAUCAACAAUGAAACUAAAACCAUCAAAAAUUCGGUAUUCACAAAGUUCCAUUAGAUCAACAUUUUACAAAGGUAUUAGUCUUGCGAAAACAGUUGAAAAUGUUAAGGCCGGUAAAGAAAGGAUCGAAAACUUUCCAACUAUAAAUGUCGUAUUACACGAAGGAAACUAUUACUCCCUUGAUAACAGGAGGCUUUGGGUAUUUAAAAAGCUCGAAGAUAAAGGAUACUGUUCGAAAAUAAAAGUUCACGUGUCAAAUGUUAAUUUAGAAACACAUCGCAAAUACACCACAAGAAACGGAGGAACGAGUAUCAGAAUGAUCGUUUAAAUGACAUUCACCCCUUUUCAGCCUAAUCUCUUUAGGUUUGUGCAUAUGGGUAACGAUUUCACCUUAACACAAUACACUAAGAUUGCCAAUAUAAAAACACAUUACAAAUUUAUAAGGCUUUUUUUUUUUUUUUUUUUUUUUUUUAUUACAUACAUGUUGAAUUCAAAAUAAUUCUAAAAAGACUAUCUCACAGAAACUUGAACACUAGAAUGGUGUACAAAUAGAUUUUUUAAAUCACAUAUAUCCCUGGAACAGAUCUGGUACCUUGUCUGCCCUGGGACUUAAGAUGAAAUCCUAGUUCCUUAUGCAUUCGAAAACCAAGCUUCUGAUUUUCACAUAAGGGCUAUCAAAAGAUUCAGCAAGCUUUUCGCUACCAACUAAACUAUAUUUUCAUCCAAAUAUUUGUAUUGCAAGAAUUCAAUUUGCCAUUUUGCUUUUAGUAACUAAUUGACAUUUCACAUCACCAUCACAUUGAUUAUCACAGCACAUUUUCUAUUUGUGUGUGACGGUGUAUGUGUCCGUCAGUAUACAUACACUUUUGUGACAAGUGACACACGCACAUUCAUACAUACACACACACACACACACACAUAUAUAUAUACACAUACAUACACUCACACAUAUAUAAAAAAAACAUACUCACACAAACACAGAAUUGUGUAUUUCACAGAAAAACAAUUUCAUCAAAUGAUUCCAUUUAAUUUUGCCAAAAUUCUUAGAAAUUAUGUUUCACCAUUGUAAGUUGAUUAAUGAAAUAAAUAACUAUUAAUAUUUAAA